UCAUGCGCAUAAAGACCCUUCUAUGAUUAUUAAAGACUGUCCUGACAGCUGCACAUGCACUGGUCUUUCAACAAUAGGAAACAUAUCAUAYGCCAAUAAAGUUGUUGUUGAAGCUCGGUCUUGGCUGAAUGAUAUUCCCGCAAAAAUGCCACARCGGACUGCUGCUCUGAUGUUUCAAGAUAAAAAGAUAACAAGGAUUAAAGGAAAAGCUUUUAGUCGACUUSCCAGCCUAGUUUACCUUGACCUUUCGUGGAAUCACAUUUACGAUAUCGCGAAAGACGCGUUUUAUAAUGGGUCGUCACUAGAGAACUUACGCCUAAACAAUAACUUUAUAAAGUCUUUACCUCGAUCUGCUUUUCGUGCACUAGGACGUCUUAAGAUGCUCGAUCUUGGAGAAAAUCUACUGACGGGAUUAUCAGAGAACACAUUUACCGGUUUGAUAGAUUUAGGAGUGCUAAGCCUUCGCUCUAACCGAAUAAGAACCCUGCCUGGAGAUGUCUUUGAGCAGACAAUCAACUUAACUCACUUGUAUCUUCAAGAAAACAAAUUACUUUCGUUACCAAAUGGAAUGUUUCGUUUUCUUUCAGAACUUCGUUAUUUGAAUCUGAGUCAUAAUAGAAUUAACAGCUUAAAUCGGCACACGUUUCAAGGUCUCAAGACUUUAAAAAAUCUAGAUCUUCGAGGAAAUAAGCUGUCAAAGGUAACACAAGAUGCCUUUGCUGAACUGACCGAACUGGAAGAUUUAAAAUUAGAUGCUUUCAUUUAUUGCUGUUAUGCCAAAAAGUCCAUACCAGGAAUAAAGUGCGUAUCAACCCAUUCAAACGAGUUCUCAAGCUGCGAUGAUUUAAUGAAGAACCAAGUCCUACGAGUGUUUAUCUGGAUUCUUGGUAUUUUCGCUGUGUUUGGUAACAUGCUGGUCAUCAUAAGAAGAGUCAGAAGUAAGAGUGUUGAAAAAGACACACAGUCGUUCUUCUUGUUCAACCUUGCUGUUGCAGACUUUCUAAUGGGCGUGUACUUGCUAAUUAUUGCCGUGGUAGACAUACAAUGGCAAGGUGAUUACUUCAAACACGAUCUCGCGUGGAGAUCAGGCAUUGGCUGUGCAACAGCUGGCAUCCUGUCAAUGGUUUCGAGUCUUGUCUCUGUUGUCAUGUUGACAAUUGUAACAUACGACAGACUAAUUUGCAUCGUUUCCCCCUUUUCAACGAGAAAGAUUACACGAGAUGCUUUCAUUUAUUGCUGUUAUGCCAAAAAGUCCAUACCAGGAAUAAAGUGCGUAUCAACCCAUUCAAACGAGUUCUCAAGCUGCGAUGAUUUAAUGAAGAACCAAGUCCUACGAGUGUUUAUCUGGAUUCUUGGUAUUUUCGCUGUGUUUGGUAACAUGCUGGUCAUYAUAAGAAGAGUCAGAAGUAAGAGUGKUGAAAAAGACACACAGUCGUUCUUCUUGUUCAACCUUGCUGUUGCAGACUUUCURAUGGGCGUSUACUUGCUAAUCAUUGCCGUGGUAGACAUACAAUGGCAAGGUGAWUAYUUCAAACACGAUCUCGCGUGGAGAUCAGGCAGUGGCUGUGCAACAGCUGGCAUCCUGUCAAUGGUUUCGAGUCUUGUCUCUGUUGUCAUGUUGACAAUUGUGACAURCGACAGACUAAUUUGCAUCGUUUCCCCCUUUUCAACGAGAAAGAUUACACGAAAGCAUGCYGUCAUCAUUAGUGGUUGUCUGUGGUUAUUUGGUCUACUGUCAGCGGUCCUUCCGGUGAUGAAUCUGGACUAUUUCAAGUCAUCGAGCGAUGAUGAGACUGGCUUUGGUUUUUACGGAAGAUCUUCAGUCUGUUUACCARUGCAGCUUUCUCCUGACAGACUCGCAGGAUGGGAAUAUGSCGCAGGACUUUUCCUGGGAAUGCCGUUCAUCGCCUUUAUGUUCAUGCUUAUUGCAUACAUUGUAAUAUUUUAUCGUGUCAGCCUAUCAUCCAAUAAAAUUCGCUCCACUGCUGUUAACAGGGAGUCAGCUCUUGCCAAGAAACUGAUCUUCAUAAUUUUAACUGAUUUUCUGUGUUGGAUGCCAGUUAUCAUAAUUGGUACUUUGGCUCUUACAAGAAUCUUCUACGAUCCGACCAAACAAGUCUACGUGUGGAUUGCAAUAUUYGUUCUGCCAAUCAAUUCGUCCAUCAACCCAUUCUUGUAUACCUUUUCAAAUUUGAGAAGAUCAACCUCCACAGACAGCAAAAUAAAAGCAUUCCGCCUUAGUCUUUUUGGAACAAUUAAUAGUAAUGGCAUGAAAGAUUGCACCGUGACUGAGACAUUUUACGCUGUUGACGAUUCUCCACGGCAGGGAUCGAGGAARAAAARACAGAAGCCACUGACUGAGGAAUCURUCUAUCUUUUCAACAUACUGGAGGAGUUGAAGAUACAAAAGUACCAUAGUGGAGUGGGAUACCUUCUUGCUGAAGUUGAAAAUCCUGGAACGCGCGAGCGCUGUCUUCUUAAAUAUUUUGACGAGGAUAUGGAAGAUGCCUGGGAGAAAGAGCUUUGGAUUCUGUCUUUGCUGAAGCAGGCCAAAAAUACCGAAGUCAAUGGAGUUAGCUUGGCGAGAUACAAGUGGCAUUGCACUGCAAAGCAGCACUCAAUCACAGGAAUUGUCCCACAAGAGCUUCAGGAAAUUAAGAAUUCAGCGUUGAUUUGCUUUGAUUACGUUCCUAACAAAUGCCUUCAUGAUUACCUGGAAAACAAGGAACCGCUGACAUUUAGGAUCGUGUGCUCCUUGUGUAUUGAUAUCAUAUCAACCAUUGAAUACCUACAAACGUGUGGAAUAAGUAAUAACAACAUUAACUCACGAGCAAUUGUUGUACGUCGAACGGGAUCACAGGAUUCUCCAGUGAAGGCAGUUAUUGUGGAUUUCUCAAGAGCAAUGAAGCUACAAAAAUAUGAAGACGGCUCAUACGCAAAAGCUGAUAUUUUGCAGUUCAGGUUUUUGUUUAGAGUUUUGCUGAGGAACUGUCCCGAAGACUGUAGUCAUUACCAACAGAUUGAUGACAUUCUUUCUCUUUGCAAAUAUGAAAGAAAGGUGGAUACUGCUGAAUCGAUAAAGUAUUGUCUGACGAGUGCACUGAUGGAAAUAGACGAAACAUUCAACACAAAGCUUUGAACAAAUCGUUCAUAAGGGUGUUUUCAUAUAUAAAAAUGUAAGCGCACUAAUUCAAUAUUUUAUCAAUAAUGAACGUAGAACUAAUAAUCGUAGAACUAAUAAUCGAUACCGAAUGUAGACUUUGUUGGUAGCUCAAGCAUGUAUAUAGCUAUUGCCCGUAUAAUUGGUGAAUGCAUGACCAAAAGUAACUAUGCCGUAUUUAUUAUUGAUGGCAAUGAAUAUUAAUUAUGCCUUUGCAUCGUUUGCACUGAAACGCAAACAGUCCAGAUACAACUUCUCCACUGCAAUUAGCAAUAGACUUCUGGAAAUCAACUUAAGUACUUUGACGCAGCCAUCGGUUUUGAUUGUCACUAUUUACACGUUGUGUAUUUUUUUCUGGGCUGGUCGCGUAGCAAUUCAAACGGCGAAAGACGCAAACAAUUGAAAUGAACAUUAUGGUCUGUUGACCACAGUGAUUUUUGAAGUAUGCAAUCGCCUUUCCGCUUUGACAACCUUUUUAAAAAGAGGCACGUUUAAAUUCAUGUCGGUCGAUAUCGACUAAUGAUUUGAACCAAAAAGACUACUGUUAUAGAAUCGAAGAGCCGAAUUGCAUAUAAACGAUAUUGGAAAUCAUUUAAUUGCUCAUAGAGGGCUAAAAUGGCUAGAGUAUAGAAUAUACGUCCACUGUAUAGCCAUGAGACAUUUUUCUUGCAAAGUGUUCCACGUUUUCAGGACUGAAAAUUUUUAACACUAUCAUUUUGGGCAAUCCCGAGAUUCUUUGCAGGCUUUUGAAAUAGGUGUAUACUAGAUCUUUGUACCCGUGGUCGCCAGUCGGGAGUGUGCACCACAGGAACCCCAUUACCCGUUAUAAAGUCUAUGAAUAUAACUCGUUCCUCUUAAAGGGACAUGGUCCACCAG